GAAUAGUUAUUUAGCCACAGCUCUAAGCCGAGCAUUAGGUAUAGCCUGGAGAACUCAUACUUUGCGGUCUUCAGAAUUCGGACAGCUAUCUCGCCACGGUUGGCAACCAGCAAUGUCUUAAGGGACUCCAUUGUAUGUAAGAAUGCAUCGAUCAGAGUGCCUUUUUUUAAGUCUCGAUGGUUGGGCGGCAUGGCAUGCUUGAUUAUAUGAGGGGACAAUGUAGAUAACGCCUUCACCUUUCAAACUAGAUUAUCCUCGGUGCUAUAGACCAAUAGCAGGGGUGUCAUGCCUUCGAAUACGAACCACAGGUUCUUGAUAAGCUUGCAUAGUUACCUCAAUUUUGGGGUAUGCGUUGAUCGAUGGCACCGAAUUGGAGAUUUUGGAGGCGUGCGGAGUCAACUUAUCGAUAAGAGUGGGACACAACCCCUCCUCUUAGCAUUGUCAUAAGAAGUUCUCGCUCCCUGAAGGGCCUUUUGUGCUAUAUAAUUCUUUAUGGUAGUUGUGGUUCUUGCUCGUUCCUUUGGCGAUUCUCAGUUCUCACUUAAAUUCCAAUAAAGACCCUCAGCUACGAAGAAACAUAUACGCCAUGGCCCCGAUACAACAGAAAGCGUUGAUUAACUGUGACAUGGGAGAAGCUUACGGCAAUUGGGCUUGCGGUCCCGAUCUUGAGCUCCUUCCCAUGAUUGAUAUCGCAAACGUCGCCUGCGGCUUCCACGGUGGUGACCCACUGAUCAUGAUGGAGACCGUUCGGAAUUGUAAAGCCCAUAAUAUUCGAAUCGGAGCUCAUCCCGGGUUACCGGAUCUCCAAGGUUUCGGACGACGGGAGAUGAAGCUCUCGCCCGAGGAACUCACCGCUAUGACGAUUUAUCAGGUGGGGGCACUCCGGGGUUUCCUAGACCGUGAGAACGUUCCCCUCAGCCACGUAAAACCCCAUGGGGUACUGUACGGGAUGAUGUGCCGGGACUAUGAGGUGGCCAAGGCAGUCAUGCUUGGGAUCCCCAAAGGAGUUCCUGUGUUCGGACUGGCCGGAACCCAGAUGGAGAAGGCCGCCAAUGAUCUCGGGAUAGAUUUCUGGGCCGAACUAUACGGUGACGUCAAAUACGACUCGAGAGGAAUGCUCGUCAUUGACCGGAAGAAAAAACCAUGGGAUCUCGGAGACGUGGAGCGGCAUGUCAGACAACAAGUUGAAGAACAGUCCGUGACCGCCGUCGAUGGAACGGUCGUAGAACUGCCAUUGAAGAACUAUCCUUAUUCCAUAUGUUGCCAUUCCGAUUCGCCAGGUUGCGUGGAUAUUAUCAAAACAACACGAAGGGUGGUGGAUGAGUUUAAUCAAAAGCACGGGAAGUGA